ACCACUCCAAUUUCUUUUUUCUCAUCGAAGCGAUUGGAAUUUUUUGCUUUUGAAUUAUUCUGUAGCUGCAGAUUUAGGUUUCGAUGUAACUAUCUAGGGUUUCUGUUCUUUUGUUCUUUUCAAUAGAUGUUUGGGAUCGAUAUCUGCGGGAUUUUUUCAUUCAUUCUGAUCUAAACGCUUUCCUUGUUCGUAGAUCUACGAAUUGUUGGUGUUAUAUAAUGAGCCGACCACAAGAGCCACACCGGCCUUUCUUUCCUUUCGGAAAUCCUUUUCGUGCAAUAUCACCUAAGGGUUCCAAAUUGUCCUCUAGACUUGUCUUUUUGUUAGCCGCUUUUGAGGAUUCACUGGCAGAGAGGCUGAAAAAGCUUACUCCAAAAUCAGAUAAUGAUAUAGUUAGCUUCUCAUGGAUGGAAUUAGCAAUGAAGCUGCUGUGCGAGACUCACAAUGAUGUUAAAACACUUAUAGAAGACCUUGGUCUCCCUGUAUCUGACUGGGAGGAGAAAUGGUUAGAUGAGUAUUUGGGCAUCAGUGUGAAAUUACUUGAUAUAUGCAAUGAUUUUAGCUCUGAGCUCUCACAGUUGAAUCAGGGUCAACUGGUACUUCGGUGUGCCUUGCACAAUCUGGAAUCUACAUCUUCCAACCAGUUUGUUCAAGCUUGUUCUUCGUUAGAUGGAUGGAGUAAACAUAUUAGUUCCAGAACCUCCAGAUUCGAGAGCUGUUGUUCUAUUCUGGACAGUCUUGAGGAAUCGCUCGAUCCUCCGAAGGUGAAGAACUCAUCCAAAGGCAAGGUUCUGAUGCAUGUGAUGUACGGAGUGAAGGUGGAAACUCUGUUUAUUUGCAGUGUUUUUGCUUCUGUCUUCUCAGGUUCUUCCAAAAAGUUGUUUCCUAUCACUGUUCCUGAUACAUAUAGAUGGGCACAAGCUUUUACUGACUUACAGAAAAAUGUAAACGUGGGAAUUAAGAAAAUUUAUUCUAGUGGACGAUUUACUGUAUUGAGAGAGCUUGAAGCAGUUGAUGAGAGUGUAACAAAUUUGCAUUCCAUGAUUCAAGGAAAUAUAGAUGGUGGAAUUAAAGCAGAAGAAUUCCAGAAUUUGGUUGUAGAUUCGAGGAGGGAGGCAGAAAAGCUUUCACAAGGCCUUGAUCAUCUUACAAAACAAGUCGACGAGUUUUUCGACAUUGUUUUAUCGGGACGUGAUGCAUUGCUUUCAAAUCUUAGAGCAAGUGAGACAGUAUUUGAUCAGGGAAUGGGGGGGCUGUCUACAACAAGACAACUGUGAUGGAGAUGAGCUUGUUCCUUUAUAUAAAAGGGUUCAACUGGUUAUUUUCCUAUCUUUUGAUUGGCGAAUGUACACUAUCUUGUCUGGCUUGUCAUAGUAGUAUAGCUUGUGUAGUAAUGCUCUACGUUAUCUUUACUAUUUUUAUGGUUUGAUCAUGUAAUGUUGUACUGUGCAAUGAGAAUGAAAUGGAAAAGUAUGUCAUGUUCAAGUAAAAGGCUCACACCAGUUUAGCUUUC